AUGUCGCGUAUGUACACCGCAGGCGCUCAGGGCUCUGCCCCGGGACGCCAGCGAGGGACGAAGGAAGAAAGAAACGGGGCGCAGGGUCUCGUUUGCGUAGGCUCUGCAUGCAAAUACUUCUGCAGCGAAGAAGAGUGGAAAAACCUCGACAAACGUCUCAUCCCUCUAAACGGGGAUGCCGACAAUCUCGUAGACAGAUAUGAUUUGCGCCUCCUUCUCUCGGACGCCGACGCGUUUUCGAAAAAGAAAAAAAAUUACACGAGCGAGCAACUCCGGGAGAUCCUUGAGGAGACGCCAGCCCUCGACAGAGAACGGUACCGAGAUCUGCCCGCCUCAAAUUUGUUUGAAGAAGACUUUCUCGAGCGCCUCGCUGGAGGCCGAGAAGAUGAAGAGGUGUGGACACCUACGAGAGAAUUGCAGCAGUUAAGGGAAACUCGCUCGGAGAGGCGAGAGAGAAUCAUUCGCCUGCGAGAGGAAGCGGCGUCAUCCGACGAAAGUCGUCGCUUCAGACUCGGGGACAUGUCGGCGGUGCCGCCGCCGGCUUCUCUGGACGCGCCGGUCGAAAGCGAGUCCCCGCGAUCGCCCCGCAUGUGCGACGGAGACACCGAGGGGCCAGAGGAGACAGCAUCACGUCGCGGCGAGGAGAGAGAAGCAGGGAAGAGCAGCGGCUGUCUGGAACAGCGAGAAGAAGAGGGGAGAAAGCGCUUGCGAGACGAGACAGAGGGGCAACGUCGAUCUGAGAAUCCAGGAGUGAAGAGAGAGGAGAACGAGGAGGGCGAGGCGAAGAACUUGGAGAAGGAACUCGAAGAGCUACGCAGAUGCGGCGGCUCGUCGCGAGCAUGCAAACAAAGGAAAUCAGAGCACGUUGGUGAAGAAUGGAUCGAGAGGAACGAAAGCGCGACAGGUCGCGCGACAGAAGAAGGGGAGGCGACAGGCUCCAGAGUCGAACCGGAACUGAAAGUCGAGAGAGAAGCCGACGUUGAGGCAGAGUUUGUUCCCCCCUUCAACGUCCCGAGAGACAGAGUUCCUCACCUGCCUAAAACGCUCAAGGAACACCUCGUCAUUGAACGCACAGCUCACUUUGUUCGCACGGAAGGUAGUCGCAUGGAGUUCCGCCUCAAGCUCGACCCCGUGGUGAGCAGUCAGCUGUGUUUUCUGUCUGUCGAUCACCAGCUGAAUGCGUACUACACCUAUCUCCGGCAGACGGGCGAGGCUCUGUUUCUGCAUGCUCCCGAGCUUCUCCCGCCCAGACUCGUUUCCUUCUCGAGCCUCGUGUACACGCACCUGCCUUCGUCUGUGAAGAAGUCGCAGAAAGAGGCGAUCGACGUUCAGGCAGGGCAGUCACCAGGAGACAAAGGCUCAGCAGUUUCGGAAAAGAAGACAAACAAACAGAAGACGGCGCAGGGCCAUGCGUGCAGCGCCGGCUCGCGCGGGGCCUCACCGCGGCGACUGAAGGCGGACGGAGGAGACAGCGUGUCUCCGAGCGAGGCAGCGAGGGAACGAGAAGGCGAAAAGCCAGGCAGAGGCGCUGUCGGGGGAGAAGCGCCUCGGCAAGCGCAAGAAGAGCGCGAGAGACACGCUGCAGGGGAAAACGCUCUAUUCCAAUUCGCAAACGAAGAGAAGGACGGGGGGGUCAGCCUGUUGAUGUCGUACGGCUCCGACGACGAAGACGAGGAACCUCCGGCAGCGACUCUGCCGCAGGAGUCUGGGGCAAGAAGAAAGUCUCAGAGUGAGAAACAGAGGAGUUCCAGUGGCAACGCCAAGGGAGAGAACGCGACAGCGAGCGAAGAAGAGAAAGAGAGCGGUCGAAGCUCGCUGGAGUCUGCGUCUAAGAGGCGAGAAACGCGACCCCAGGGCUCGGCAUCGAGUUCUUCAGUGCGAGAGGCAGACGCAGAGACGCCAGACUCUCAGCACUCGCCUUCACCGACGGAGAACGAGGAGUCAGACACAGACGAAGAGCUCGAUCCGUUGUGGCAGAGCGGAGCGAAACUGAGAGUAGCGUUCGUGUUGGAGAGAAGCAAACGCAAGCGGCUGGGAGCCUCUCAGGGACGAGCCCGAGGCGCGGGGGACGUGCAGACACCGAGGCCUUUGCAUGCAUCCGAUUUUGCGGGAGAGGCGGGAGACAGCGGCGCUCGACUUUGGUCGUCAGGCGGGACGGAGGACGCAGCCGUCGCCGAAGCUUUGGAGGAACUGCCUCCUCUUCCGUGGGCGAAAGCAAAUGCGAAACUCCAAUUCAAGGAUGUGGAGUCUCUGAUCCUUCACCAGGUUGGAUGCUGGCUUCUGGCGAAGGGCGACGAGGAGAUGGUCAACUUCGCUCAGCAGAUGACCACAGACGACCCUCGGUUUUUCUUCCUCAAACGCGACACUCUCGCCUUCUGCUACUUCAAAUAUGUUCUUCGAUGCGUUUGCCGAGAGAAACAGAAGAGGACAGGCACGUCCCAGGCGCCUCUCCAGCUCAGGUUACACCCGGUGACACGGGCUUUCCUCGCGCGACUUCGCUUCGAAUACCACCUGGCACAGAAGGCUCAGGCUCCUUCGGAUUCGAGUCGCUCCAGCGAUGUCCUCACGCAGGAUGCAAUCAACGAAAAUGCGGCGGCGGCUGCUGCGGCCUCAGCAGUGCGCGCCGCAGAAGCUGCGGCGAUUGAGGAGGCGCGGGCAGCUGAGGCUCUGGCGCUGAGGCAGCAGACCCUUUCGAGUCUAUGUGGGGAAGUGGGGUCUGUGUCUCUAGGUCCGCUCGAGGCCCCUGAGAGUCCCCUCGGGUCCUCAGGCGUCGCCGUCAGCGACACCGCGCCAGGCGGUAUGGGUGACGUUGAGUCGCAGCCAGCAUCUCGCGUAACUCACGAGGGAACGCAGUCACCUUCUCUCUCCACAGAGCAGCCUCUCGGGUCGUACGACCGGGCUGCAGAGGCGCCAGAUGCUGCGGCCUCGGUGGCCGCCAACUCGUCUUCUCGAGCCGCCGGCCUCACAACUCCCAGGGACCCUUCGGGCGCGUUGGGCGCCACGGGCGCGUCUCCGCCGGACGCUGUGGCGCCGGGGCCCGUGUGGGGCGCGCCGGGGAGACCCGAGGACAGCUUCCCGCCCGACGCACUUCAAGACCCCCCCGCCCUUGUGGCGAUGGCGAUCUCGAAUCCGAGGCUCAUUCCAGCGGCUGUUUGUCUGGUCACGCAAGAAAUGGGUGUAGCGAGUGCAGACGGAGACGCCCCCAGAUAUGCCAUGUUGUACGCAGCCUACUGUCAGCUCUGCGCCUACGCGACUGCUGCGAGGCCUAGCGCAACUCCUGGAGUUGCGGUCGCAGGAUCGCCUGCAGAGGACAGCUUCGACCGUGAAGCGCCGGAGGAGGCCGCCAUGUGA